AUGUUCUUUUACGACUCUACCUUGCAGCUCUACAUCAACGACACGCCUCUGCUAGUUUCUGAGAAGGUUCUGAAGGCUGCCAAGAAAACUGGCAUCUCAGUCACUUGGAACGAUAAUGGCUACGUCAACGCCGUAUCCUAUAGGAUAGCCAAGGAACUCUGUCAAGAGUUGGGAUCCGUACUCUUAUCCGUGCGAGAAUUCAUGGGGCUGGUAAAGAGGCAACCACAAGUGGCCUCGAACCGUUUCGCCGAGUGGUUGGACAGCACAUACACCGCCUCACCCGGUGGAUGCGGUAUGCUUGAUGCUCAUGGGCAGCUUGUUCCACUUGCUCAGGCACGUCCGGCAUGGUUUUCUCUCGACAACAUCAACAUUGACGGGCUUCCCACACGCGUGUCCGAGUCUCCUGGCACUGACCUAUGGAAGAUCUGGACGAUCGGUCACCACGGUUUCACCUCAGCCGCCGUGCGAAGUUUCGUGACGUCGUCGGGCACUUGCUCCUUGGACCUUGGCAUACCCACAUUUGCGCAACACAAAAACCUCAUGAUCAGAGAAUGCUAUCGUACGAAGCCAAUGAGCGACCAGACACCGCUAGACAGCCUGUGGCCUCGGUAUCUUUCCAAAACUUUGGGCCGAAACGAUGCCGAGAUUGGACAAUUUCUCCUCUCCAUCGAUCUAGAGAGCCUCAUCCCGGAUGCGGAAGGCGACCAAGACAAUUUCAUGGUUGAACGGGACCGGGAGCGACUGGCUGAUCUCGUAGGCAAGAAGCGGUUGCUUCUAGGCGACUAUGGAGGUCUUCGACUCAUCGAUCUGGACACCAUCUGCAAAGCGCUUUCAACGCUCGAGAUGGAGAAUACAACCUACGUCACAGGUCAUCUGAAUCCAGACGCCGACUCGAUAGUCAGCUCCGUCUUUGAAGCUACUCGACGGGGCUUGUUAUACCCGCAUAAAGGGUGCGUGGCAUGGGCAGAACGCUUGCCGCCAGUCGUGGAACACAUUCUAGGGCCCCGGAUCAGUGCCUACCUCAAAAUGACGCCGAAAUUUGAACCAUACCACGAAGUAAUACUUGUUGAUUGCCACCAUCUAGCAGGGGGACACCAGUACCAGGUUAGGUCUAUCAUAGACCAUCACAUCAUUGGAACUGAAUUCCCGUACUACGUUGCUCUCAGUCAGGAAGUGUCAUGGUCAUCUACACUUCAAGUCUAUAUCAAAAUUCUAGGAUCAGGAUUUGAUCUCGACGCAAGAUCCGCACGGAUUCUCCUCGAAGCAACAGAGAUUGAAUCUGAGCCUAGCCUCAUGCAAGCUAUGAGCAGGAUCGAUCAGAUGGCCAUCCACAGGCUCAGAACGAUUGCUCAACAGUGUACCAGCUACCAAGAUCUCAUGAAACUUCUGGUUGAUGGCAAUGCACAGAACGACCCAUUUUUGGAAGACUACAAAGAGACCAGUUAUGGCUUUGCUGUGAUCAAGUCCCAGAAGUUUGCAUCAUACCAAGAUCGUGCCUUGAGGAACAACAUUGAAAAGCAUCUUCCGUUGACUGUCGUCAAGCAAGUGAUCUAUACCGACCAUGGGUUCGAGUCCUCCUUGUGCGAACGAAUUUCAUUAUAUUUCAACGAUAACUUCUACGACAAGGGCUUCAGAGAUGCAAUAAAGGACGUUACCCUAGCGGCCUGUGAUGCUUUCCAUGGACCCCAACAGGUAUCUCGCAACGGAUCCACCAUAAUGAUAACUGGUGUACCGUCUCAAACUCCACGCUUGCUUCUGAUGCCUACGUUAGAAGGCAUUGUGAAGGAGCAUUUGAGACUUUUCUACUCGAAAACCAUUCAGAUGUACAUUUCAUGCGGUUUUUUCAACAGCGGCACAGAAGCUUACGGAGAUUCCCUUGAGAAUCGGCCACCAACAACAUUCAUGUCCUAUGACGACGUCAAGGCAUUACUCGCCAACCAGACGAACACUUCGUUCAUGAGCCUCCAACAGUACUGGAAGGUCUACCGCGAGCGCCUGGCUCUGGCAGACAAACAUUCCCUCCAAAGCUUACGGGAUAGCAAUUUCGUGGAGCUUUUGGACACGGUGAUUUAUAACAAGAAUAUAGUGGUCCACAACAACGAGGUUGCCAGAGAAGUUCAGAUCGACGAGGCAAAGCCUGCUCUCAUCCGGAUCACUGAUAUCGAUGAAUCUACAGGGUUUCCAAAACAGUUGAGAUCUCCCGAUACCUAUGGGGACCACACCCUCUGGAGAUACUGGUCCCCAGAUCGGGACGAGAAUGUCUCGACAAGAGGACACAUCUUUGUCAUGGACCAGACAAGCAUCGAUCUCAAGAUAGGAAGGCAUGAGAAGACGAAGCAGUUGACAUUCCGACCUGUGUAUCAGGACAUUGGACAUCUCAAAUAUCAGAUUCGACAUGAUGGAGGGCGUUGGAUUGUUGUGACUACUUUUCCAAGAUUAUUUUCAGUCCAGUGCUGA